AAAAGCGGCGAGUCCUCCCCCUGGGACCUUAUGAACGCUUCGGUGCAUUUUGUCGGUGGGACCCAUGGGUGGACCGCCGUGAUGAAUUGGUUUCUCGACGAUGAAUUCGUUGUUUCGAAACCCACAUGGGAUUUCAUGAUCCUCGUCUGAUGAUUUUCGAAGGAGAGCCGAAUACGUCGGUGCUAGCUAUGGCAACUUUGCGCCGGUCGGGUGGGCUUGAGUAGGAGCGGUCAGAGCAAAAGGGCAGUUGCAAAUCGCCGGGAAAGGCCGAGAGUUUGGUAUACAGGAAUAAAAUCUUCGUCGUGAAGAUGGCGUCGAAAUUGGCUUCGUUUUGGAAUCAUCCUGCUGGCCCGAAGACAAUUUUCUUCUGGGCUCCUGCAAUGAAGUGGGGAAUAUCGUUUAUCAACAUUCUUGAUUUUCAAAAGCCUCCAGAAAUGAUAUCUUUCAAUCAGCAGGCAGCCUUGACGACUUCAGCAGUUAUAUGGUGUCGCUAUUCGGUGGUCAUUGUGCCGAAAAACUAUAACCUGGCGGCGGUGAACAUGCUUAUGGCAGCAACAGGAAUAUAUCAAAUGCAAAGAAAAAUCCGGCAUGACAAUGCAAUGUCAGAGGGGCCAAAAAUAAAGAGGUGACUCCAUUCGGUCCAUUCCAACAUUUUGAUCCACUAUCACUCGGAGCAACACGUCUCUUGAUUCUGGCAUCUGCUGUGGACCUGCGACGAGGUUGGCAUACGCUGAUCAUGGUCACAACAAUGUACAUUCUUCGUGCCCUCGCUCUGGAGUUGGAUAUCUGCGGAAGAAUUAGCUCGCGGUUUGAGAACUACCAACUUCUAAGGUAAUCAAUCAAACGGUGGUUCAAAAGGUGCCCUGGAGAGAAGAACAACCUGGACUCGAAACCGAUUUCAAGAAAACUGCAAGUGUAGUGUAGUAGUGUUCCGUCUCAUCGACCGGUGGAUUGCUUUUUGAACGAUUGUUCUGGCAAGGAAGCUCAUGUGCUGGGUCAAUUGUGCACACAAAUUAACAAAUGGAAGGUACGGUACAGUCCUUCAUCUCCUGUCCAUCUGCCGUAGCAUGUGAGUUUCAAGUUCCUGUUUUACUCUGGACCUUUGUUUGAAUUGGUUCAACAUGUUAGUGAAACUAUCAUUCAAAGUCGUAGUUCAAAGUCCGAAGGCCUCAAGUGUUUACAACAAUUCAGUUUUUUUUUGCCAGACAGUAAAUUAGUGAUUCACAUUCCCCAGAGAAACUCUCCGUGCCCAAAUCCGGUCUGACUUCUUGUUAACAGCUGCAAGCAAGGCCCAGGCUCUUGGACAUAUGUACUGUGUGAAUGACUACUGUAGUUCCAUGGUCAUGGUCUUCCCAAGGGGUGUACAACAACACACAUAUAUCAGCGACAAAUA